AUGGAGCACCUGGGUCCGCACCACCUUCACCCGGGCCACGCGGAGCCCAUCAGCUUCGGCAUCGACCAGAUCCUCAACAGCCCGGACCAGGGCGGCUGCAUGGGGCCCGCUUCGCGCCUCCAGGACGGAGAAUACGGCCUUGGCUGUUUAGUCGGCGGCGCCUAUACUUACGGCAGCGGAGGCUCCGCCGCUGGGGCGGGCGCCGGGGGCACAGGAGCUUACGGCGCUGGUGGCCCAGGUGGUCCGGGUGGCCCGGCGGGCGGCGGCGGCGGCGCCUGCAGCAUGGGCCCACUGGCCGGCUCCUACAACGUGAACAUGGCCUUGGCGGGCGGCCCCGGUCCGGGCGGCGGCGGCGGCAGCGGCGGCGGCGGCGCAGGGGCGCUGAGCGCUGCGGGGGUAAUCCGAGUGCCCGCGCACAGGCCACUAGCCGGAGCGGUGGCCCACCCCCAGCCCCUGGCCACCGGAUUACCCACUGUGCCCUCUGUGCCUGCGGUGCCGGGCGUCAACAACCUCACUGGCCUCACCUUCCCCUGGAUGGAGAGUAACCGCAGAUACACAAAGGACAGGUUCACAGGUCACCCCUAUCAGAAUCGGACACCCCCUAAGAAGAAGAAGCCGCGAACAUCCUUCACGCGCCUGCAGAUCUGUGAGCUGGAAAAGCGCUUCCACCGCCAGAAGUACUUGGCUUCGGCGGAGCGCGCUGCUCUGGCCAAGGCGCUCAAAAUGACCGAUGCGCAGGUCAAAACCUGGUUCCAGAACCGGAGGACGAAAUGGAGGCGACAGACAGCGGAGGAGCGUGAAGCUGAGAGGCAGCAGGCAAACCGUAUCCUCUUGCAGCUGCAGCAGGAGGCCUUCCAGAAGAGCCUGGCCCAGCCACUGCCCGCAGACCCACUGUGUGUGCACAACUCUUCGCUCUUCGCCCUCCAGAACCUGCAGCCCUGGUCUGACGACUCCACCAAAAUCACUAGCGUCACGUCGGUGGCUUCAGCCUGCGAGUGA